CUGAAAUUCUAGGAUACAGGUGUAAUCUUCUGGAAUUCCUUCAGGUACAACAAAUAAGUGAACCGGAGAAGCUGUCUACAGAAGUCUGCAACAUUCAAGGUUGACUGUGAGAGAAAAGCUUGUGGGUGAAAAUGGUUAUUCGCUGACACGGAUGGGACGUCUUUAACAGACCAGUUUAACAUUUACAGCUUAAGGCAAGGCAUAAAGUGCACUAUGGGGUUUCAACUCGUACUCACUUGCAUGCUUUUGAACCUUUGCCUGCACAUGGGAAGCUCAGAUCUGAACGGCUGCAAGGGGGACAUCUUGUUACUGCUGGAUUCUUCGGGCAGUGUGUCAAAUUUUGAGUUUUUCCACAUGCUAAACUUCAUAAAGGAGUUUGUGCAGCCCUUCUCUUUGGGUCCUGAUCAGGUAAGGAUAGCACUACUGCAGGUUGGCACUGAACCUCACCUGGACUUUAACUUUGAGGCCUAUGAAAGCCAGCAGGACCUACAGAAUGCACUGCAGAGAAUUCAGAAACUCGGAGGAGAGACCAAUACAGUGGGGGCUUUAGUGUUAGCCAAAGAGUGGACUUUUAAGCAUGGUAUCCCUGGGGGAGCCAGAGAAGGAGUGCCAAGAGUGCUGAUAUGGAUUACUGAUGGCGUGGAGCCUGGUGAUGUACAAAAAACCAUGGCUGAAUUACGGGAAGAUGGGGUCUAUGUGCUGGUGGUGUCCACUGGACAAGGGAACUAUCAGCUGCUGCGGGAUGUAGUAAGCCCACCUGCUGCAGUUCAUCUGUACUUCGUGGACGUUGAAGACAUGAGCAUCAUCACUGAUGAUUUACAGAAUGCCCUCUCUGAAAUCAUUUGUGCCGGGAGGCUCCUGGUCCGAGACAUCACCUCUACCACUGCAGAGUUACACUGGACCCCAGUUCUCGGUGGUAGUGGUUACUAUGACAUCCGGUUUGGACCUUUCCAGUCAGGACAUACAGGGGGUGAAGGGGGAGGAACUGGAAUCAGCCCCGGCACUGCUGGAGGACAGUAUCAGAGGAUCAUCCAACCUGGUGACUCCACCACACUCAAGCUGACCAACCUGCGACCAGAUACGACGUACAACGUCACUCUCAUCCCACAGUCUGACCAAGAUGACUUUAACAAGCUGCACACCAUCUUUACUACACGGCCAGCCUCCCUUCCAGAGAUGCACAGCCCUGAGCGAGUGAUGGUAUCUGAAUCGACAGUGAACACCGUGAGGGUGAGCUGGGGCCCGCUGCAACCUGAAUUAGUCCAGAUGUACCAGGUUGAGUACUCCACCCUACCUACUGGCAAACUCCAUGUGCUCACGCUUAAUAAUAGGCAGAAUUCCACGUUACUGGCUAACCUGCAGCCUGGCACGCAAUACCUGGUCACUGUCAGUGCCAGCUACUUGUCUGGCAGAGAGAAAGCCCUAUCUGUCAAAGUCUGCACGCAGGAAGUGUUGCCAGCUCUAUCAGAUCUGCAUCUUACUCCGGUGGACAGUGACUCUGUGCUGGUCAAGUGGAAAGGAGGAGCUGAGGGUUUACGUGGUUACUGGGUGACAUGGGAAGCUGAAUCUAGAGACUUCUCCAGACCACGUUCCACUUUGUAUCUCCCGCCCCAUCUACUAUCCACAACACUUAAACAUGUAUCCCACAACGCCCGCAUCUGCGUCUCCCCUGUUUACAAGUCAGCUCGAGGAGAGGGCCUAUGUUGUACCGCUCACCACAAUUCAGCUGCACUGACUUGGAGCCAAAGCCUGUAGUGCUGCCAAACAGAUGAAUAUUUGACCACAGAUGGAAAAAAGAGGGAACGGAAAAGAGGUGUAACUCCUCGAGCACUGGUGAUCCACAGAGAAGUGUUCUGAGGAAACAGAUUGACGCAGAAUACACUGAACUUACUCAGAACUGCAAACUGCUUCUGAAACGUAAUGCAUGCAUGGCCAGCACAGACAAGACUGAAAAACUGUUUGGAUAAAGUCCAGAUGACAUUGAGAUGUCAUAUGUUGUUAUAAGCUAGCUUGUCACUUAAACAAGUGCUAGAUAUCCAGAGGUGUAUGCAGUAGGUGUAAGAAAAAGCUUUUAAAACUUUUGGAAGUUCUGCAUGACUUACUUUUAAAAUGUCAGGUUUUUAUGGUUUCUGGGGUGUGGUGAUACAGUCCUUGGAGGAAUCACAGUAUUUAAUAGAUCACAUCCUGCUAACACACAAACACUUGUGCUUUUACACUUUUCAUGUCUUAAUUGAACACAUUGGUUAUUUCCGAGUCUAAACACUUUACUGUUGGUUGACUCGUGAUAUUGUUACUGUCUUGUUGCAUCGUGCAAUUUCCAUAAAGCUGCAGGUGACCUUGACAUCCUGCUGUACAUUCUGCUAUUUUGUAUACACUAUACCUUCAUUUAUGGAAUGGGGGCAAAGCCGGUAGAGUGCUGCACAGUGACAUUGGUCCUGGGUUUGAUCCUCACCUUUGUAAAGAGUUUCAAGUUCUUUCAUUGUUCAAGUGUUCAAAGGUUUUCUCCCACCUCACAGAUGAUAAAAUGACUUUCAAUUCUCAGUAAUUUUAAAUAAGUAAGUAAAAGGGUGACUAAGACUAAGAACCUUUACAGGAUAAAGUGGUUACUAAAAGAAAAUGAAUUAAGGUUGCAUCAGCAGUUACAAAGGGUAACUUUGUAUGCUCCCUCCAUCAUGACUCAAAGUUGAGAUGAGGUUUUGGUGUAUGUGCAUGUAGUUUUUACUUAAUUUAUAUAUAUAUUUUAAUGAUAGUGUUGUACAUUUCUGCCAAAAAGCAUCUUUUGACCAAUCUAUCCACAGAACAUUGUCCUAAAAGAAAUAUGGAUCUUUCAUGUAUAUUUUUGAUAAAUGUAGGAUGCACAGCAAUGUUUUAAGGCAGUUUAAGCAGAGUUUUUCUCUUUAUAAAUUUUUCCACAAAGAUUAGUUUUUUCUUUCGAUAUAAAGAAUUUAGAACUAAAGAUUACUAGAGAUUUUUGCAUGUCACUUGCUGUUAUUCUUCUUCAGAACUGCAUAUUUUUUACCUUGCAGGAUAUCCUCAUAUAGGCAUGACAGUACUGUCAAUGUACCUCAAUGUGUUGACAAUUCCUUGUUAUCAAUGAACAGAACAAACUAAACAGGGUGCUUAUCCAACAAAAGCAAUACACAUUUACCUGAGUUGCCAGUCCACAGUCGGCAUGUUUUCAGGAGGUCGGUAAAAAUCCUGACAAAAUCCACACACCUGAACUGUGAGACUAAUUAAUGUGUUCAAUGAAUACAUGAAAUGUACAAUUAUAGAGUACUUCUGUUAGCAAUAUCUGUUUGCCUAUUAUUAUGAUGUAGCUCAGACCUAAUUUGUUGAUAAUUUAUGCAGAAAGCCAGGUCAUUCCAAAGGUUAUUAACUUUUUCUUGCAAGUGUUUUACUAUGUAAAUAAAUUAUUAAUUAAAUAUACACGUUUACAUGUUCAAGGGGAACAAUAAAAUCCUUUAAAGCAUAGAUAUCUUACAAAACACAUUUACCUAAGAGAUAUACAGUAAUACAGUAUACAGUAAUGUGUUAAUUUGCACAGUUUAGGAUUUAUAACAGUUUCUGGAUUAACCCUUCCUGCAGAUAUUCUGUUUUUUGUCUAUCACAUGAAUAAGCUAAACAACAGAUCCUUAUAAAGUUACUGAGCGAGUCAAAGCAGGAAAAACAAAGAAGCACUGGAGAUAAGUAGGAUUGGGAAUUAAUGGUUUAGUCCACUAUAUUUAACAUGUGAUGAGAUUAUAUUAGGAACAUGUUUUGAGUUUAAGACCGGAUGUAACCAAUGUUUUGUGGUCAUGAAUGGCUUUUAUCACUUUCCAGAAACUGAUUGGGGCAAAAUCCACUUCCCACACACAUCCCGCGGGGAUGUACAUAUGGUUUGCUUUGUGUACCCAGCUCCCACGCCCUGUGAUUGAGAAUGAGUGUCCUUUACACAGUUCCAGAAUGAGACACUUUAAACUCUACUGCCUCCUUGUGGGUUAUUACAGUCAUUUAAUGCAUUUUUGUGAUUUUAAACAAAAACCAGUUGUCAGAAAUAAUACAGGCCAUAAACCAAACUGUACUAAUUGAUUCAUUUAACAAAUAUUACUAGUGGAAUUUCUAAUCACUCUCUGUGACAUUUACCUCCUAUUGUACCUUUGACCAGUCAUACACUAUAUGGCCAAAAGUAUUUGGACACCUGACCAUGAGCUAGUCGGACAUCCCAUUUCAAAAACAAAUGGUAUAAAAAUAGAGUGACGUUUAUGUGAUAUUGUCAGCUAUAACAACAGUCACUUUUCUGAAAAGGCUUCUCACAAGAAGGGGGAAUUUGUGGGAAUUUGUGCUGAUUCAGAAUAUUGUAUGCCAAGGAACACAUGAAACACAUGAAUUAAAAGAUUAGAAGGAGGGUCCUAAUACUUUUGAACACAGUCUAUAUUAUCAAUGAUGUAUAUGAAAUAUCUAAAAUGCAUGUUUUACUAGCCACUUAUUUAUUUAUCUUGAAGAAUCACUUUUAUUCUAAUCAGGUCACAGUAGGUCUUGAGUCUUCCACAAAACACUGAGCAGAAGGCAGAAUUAAACUCGGUAACAGAGCACCAAUCCAUCACAGAGAAUCACUUACUUGCCCACUACUCAUUUGGGGGCAGUUAAGGGCAGUCAGCCACAAACUGGCUUGUUUAUCAUUAAACGGUAGGUAACCAGAGUAUGUAUAAAAGUCAUAUGAAAAAGAGAUGGUAUUACUAGUUAAAUACAGUGGUAAAAUAAUUAAAUACAGUGGCUCUCAUAUUGAGUUUAUACUUUGAGAACAAGAGGGUCACAGUCACCAACUGUAUUAUAACUAAAAUAUAACUGCACCCCAGGUAGUAAACAAUUCCACACCCAUUCAUUGAUUAGUUAUAGCGAAAAACAAAAUGUAUAGCAAAUACAUGAUGCUCUACUAAUGACAUUUUAUAAAACAAAAAUAAUUUCAUGACUAAAAUUAGCUUCCCCCCACCCCCAGUUUAAAUGUGCUGUUUAAAAACAUCUUACUAUAAUGCUAAUACUGCUGUCAGAACUGUAUAUGAACCAUUAUGUCAAAGUAUGCUUGUUCAUAAUUGUUUCAUUACUGUACAACAGCCCCCAAACUUUAUUUUUGUUUCAAAAUAAAAGUCUGCUUGAUACCCCUG